CUAGAGGAGCUACAGUGCCACUAUGUGGCCGUAGAAUACAGGUGCAGCUUCUAUUUAUAGUAAGUUCUGAAACCAUCCACACCACUAGUUGGCGCCACUGCAGCAAAGCCUAGUCUUUAAACUGACUGAACCAAAGUAGAAUCGUGGCGGAUGUUUAUUAUUGGUGCUAAACUGGAGUUGACACAGGUCUUAUGUUUUACUGUUGUUGCUCUAUUUUACCCGGUUGACACGCGUUAGCGCCGCUCACAACGUAGAGGAUAGUUAACGGUGAAUUCACUGACAGUUUUAAAAACCGGGUACAGUUAGAAUGCGCGAAGGCCGAUGUUAAUCGAAUCUAGUUUUGUCUAGGUGUAAGUUAAAAUUAUUAUUGUACUUUUUAACGGUCGUUACUGGACAAGUUGACCUUAUUUGUAUCCACUACUGUAUUAGUAUUUAUUUACCGACUAUUUCCUGAAAAUUUCGUGAACUUUUCCCUUUUUUUAAGGAACCACAUCCCCUGCUUGUAACCAAAUACUAUAUCCCAAAUAAUGUCGUUAACCUUUCGAUUACGACUCUGACUUCUGCAGUCUGUAAUUAAUAUUAUUUAUUAAGUGCAAAGAAAUAGAACCACAGACAGGUGCGUUAAUGUUCGUUUAAUCUCUUACGAUUCAAACAACAUGACAGAAUGUUGAUUUUUUAUUUAUUUUGCCAUAACAUCAUUUCCCAUAGAAGAUAAUUGUUGUGUUUCUACAAAAAUAUACACAGCUAAAUGUCUAAAAAGUCAAAGAAGAGAAAACGCAGGGAGUCGUCUUCUUCCAGCGAAGAUAAUAAGGCAUCACCACAAAAAUAUGUUUCCAAGAGUGGUACAAGUGUACACAGAAAGGAGGACAGCCGGAGGAAGGAGGAAAAGUCUAAAUCUUUCCAAACUAAACAUGAUUCCAGAAGCAGCCGCCCAAUCAAAAAGCCUGUUUACAGGCUGGAAAAAAGAACAUCAAGUGACCAGAAGUCUCACGAUAAGACGAAAAGUCACACAAAAACAGAAAGUGUGUCUGUGUCAUCCUACGGGGGAAGUUGCUCUGAUAAAGAAACAACUCGUCAUAAUUCAAGGAAGGAUAAAGCUGUCAUUAAGAAUGAGACUGUGCAAAAACGUUCAAAAUGUCCUGACGCUACAGAUGCAGCAGCCCAGAAAAAUGCUAAGAAAUCUCAAAGCAGCCAGGAUGAAAAUUCCCAUACGACAAGUUGUAAGACACCGAUCAGCCACAGUUUUGUUCCUGUUGAACAAAAGAAACACAGACAAGAUAGAGAAUUGAAGAAAUGCAAAGCUGAGGAAGUAAGAACUAAAACAACCAGUAUUGAGAGUAGUGGACCAAGCAGGACCUUGCCUCCAUUACAAGACUCCUUUGUAAUGGAGAGAACGAAGCUGGUCACAAAGAUGUGUCAAAGACAUCGAGACGAUGUCAAGAACAGGCUCGUUAAGAUAAAUGAGACAUAUUCUGCUUCUUUAAAAAAACACACACUGUGUGCUCCCACUGAACACACUACCUUGGAUAGGAGCAAAAAUAUGUUGAAGAAUUUUGAUAGCCUCCCAAAGAGUUUCAUACCAUUGUCAGAAAAGACAGCUAGCCCAUCAUUGGCUAAGGACAAAUCAGACUCUUUGGGAACACAUCUUCGUUUCAGUUUUAAAAUACCAAAAAAGGUUAAACCAAAGCCACUAGAACGGCCUAAUUCUUCUGCAAAGAAUUGUAUUGUGCAAACCCCAAAGGUUUCAGAAUCUGGGACCAAAAUAAGUAAAUGUGAGACGAGGACCAGACAGGAGAGCCUGAAUGUUAGUCCUAGUUUUUCAACUGAAAGAAAGGACAAAAGUUCGUCUUUGUCUGAGCAAAUCCCCUCUGUGAUAGAGACCAUUCCAGAGUCAACGUCUGACCAGAUGCAAGUGGUGGAAGAGCUUCACCUCGCUCGCACUGAGAAAAAAUUGGAAGUGGAUGUUUUGCAGAGCUGUGGAGAACUGACCUGCAUGGAGAUAGACCCACCAGAAGAGGAAGCAAGUAAAGAAUACUGUAAACAAUCCUCUCAGCAAGACCUUAUCCUGGUUCUGGACACCAACAUUCUCCUCAGUCACCUGGAUUAUGUGAAAAAGAUCAAGUCUCAAGGCCUUGGAGCCCUGGGUUCUCCUGUGGUCCUGAUCCCCUGGGUGGUUCUUCAGGAGCUGGAUUCCUUGAAGAAAGGAAAAGGCCUGUCAGGAUCCGUAGCACACUUGGCCAUUCCUGCAAUCUCUUACAUAUACAACAGCCUAAAGAACCGUGAGGUGAACCUGUGGGGGCAGUCGAUGCAGCAGGCCUCAGAGAGUAGCAAUUGCCUGACCGCUGAGAAUAAUGAUGACAGGGUUCUGCAGUGUUGCCUGCAGUACCAGAGUCUGUACCCAGAGUGCGCUGUCAUCCUAUGCACUAAUGACAAAAACCUAUGCAGUAAAGCCUUCCUGAGUGGAGUGAAGGCCCUCAGCAAGAAAGACCUAGAAACAGAAACUUGGAGAACCAGUAAUGGACUUUGGCUGCUGCAGAACAUUCAGACUCCCGUGCUUCCUCACACAGACUCUCAGAGCUCAUCGUCGAUGCUGAGCAGGAGUUUCACACCAGCACAGCCACCUAUUCAGGAGAGGGCAGACCUUUCUGUGGGACUGGAAUUAAAAUAUGACCACCAACUCACCAGCAAAGAAGCAGAGGAGGUGAAGGCUGAAUGGGACCUCGGCAGAUGUUUGUGUGAACUAAAAGAUAAUCUGAAGGAAGUACUGUCUGAUGUCCUCCAGGUGGAGAUGAAGGCUGUUUAUGAAGAGUUGUGGUUAGAGAUUGUUUAUCUUAAACCGCCCUGGACUCUUCAGGAUGUCCUCCAGUGUUUGAAGAAGCACUGGAUUGCUGUCUUUGGGCAAAUUGUUCCACGGAAAAAACUUCAAAUAGUUUUAUAUCUCAUAGACUUUUUUAACUCAGGUAAAACUGCGGACAGAGCUGCUACAUUAACAGCGCUUCAAGAAGCCAGGGAGCUUGUGAAAGCAUUUGCGAAUCGUUCCAGCCUUGUUCCCAGUGCCAUUGUCAAAAUAGACAAAAUGAUCAAGUCUGUGGAACCCCAGGGGGAACCUCAUCUGAAUUCUUGCGAUGUUGUGAUGAAUGAUGAAGACGAAGACAGGCAACUCAUACAGACUCAGGUCACUCAUCAGGAAGUUUGGGCCAUGUUUGAGAACCUCUGGUGUCACGUGUAUCAGCUCAGUCUGGAAGUCUUUAAAGUGCUGGGCUUUGACUCAAACACCAUGCAGAGCCUCCAGACUGCGGGAUGCUCUCAGCCUCCACAGGACGCCAUGGCCUGUUUGCACAAACUUUCCUCCAUGGUGUCACAGCUGCUUCAAGCCUUCAGCAGUGUCCUGUCCUUAGACCUGUGUUUGGAUAAAGUCCAGGACCUGUUCAGUAUUAUUCACUCUAACAAGAUCAUUGCUGUAGAUUCCAGAUUGACUGCCACAGACCUACUUCAUUGUUUUGCACAGCAUGAAUACAGAGAGAAGUUGGGAGUUGGGGGGACCCAGUUACUGUGGCUAAAGGAGGCCCUGGAUCGUUGUGCUGGGGCCAUGGGUCAGAACACCACCUUCACUACACAGCCUGAAUGGAAUAAUGCUGAUACAAGUGCACAUCAACAAAACAGAAGCCUCUGAUAAAUGGAUAUUGAGUGGGGGAAAAAAGGAUGAAAUGGUUUUGGUCUUUUCCAGUGCCUACAGAGAGUCUAAUUUGAUUUUUUUUGGUCACGGGACAGACACGAGGUGGUUUCCAUUAGUCUGGAUGGAAACUCAUUUGUUUAACAAAGCCUGUUUGUUCUGAGCAUUACCCAGAAGCUAAGUUCUGUUUGUUUUGUUGUUUUGUGUUUCUUGUCAUAUACUCACACUUGGUUUCCAAUUAAGUAAAAUUAAACAAGACUGGAUUAUAGUCAAUGGGCUGUGGACUCAAAAAUUAUGGAAGUCCAGGUUGGCAAACUUUGAACCUGAGUUGUUAGUUUGUAUCUACUCAGAUUGUUUGGACCUUCAUUCAAGCCUCAAAGAGGCUCUGUAAUGUUUCAGGGCUGUAUUUUAGCCUGUGUCGUUACAUCAGGCAGAGUCAUUGGAUAGUGAGUUUGUCUCAUAAUUACAGUGAACAGUAAAUUAGUAACAAUUUAUUUGACAUCCCAGUUGUCAUAUGCAAAAAAUAUAGAUGUUCCUUGACUCAUGUCACUGUAAAUUCUAUUUCAUGAAAGAUGAAUAGUCUUGUAACUGUACUUCAAACCAACUCAAAGUCUGUUUCUUUCUUCUUUCUGUUUCUAUUUCUAGUUUUCUAGUAUCAAGAAUAAGAAAUGCAACCGAAUAUUAAGUGCUAGAAAAUGAUCUACGUAUCAUGGACAUUGAACAUAUUCUGUGCUACUACUUUAACAGAGCAUGUCUCCUAGGUUACCCUGUCUGCUGAGAGGUGGAUGACACAUUUGCAAAGUCAUGUCAGAAAAGCUGGGGUUUUUUGCAUAGUCACUGAGCGGCUAAUAUAAAUAUAUUUUUUAUAUAAUUUUGUAUAUACUUGAAACUUGUUUGCUUUUGUGCAUUUUUUUAAAUUCUGUUAAUUAUUUGAAACAACAAUAUAUUAUAAUUAAAGAGUUAAUUCUUUAUUAUGAGA